AUGAGAUUGCUCUUCUUAUUAUAUACUCUCGUUUUAUCCACUGGGCUCUCUUCUUCAACCGCCAUUGUCACCAUUACUGCCGCUCCAGCGAUCCCCUCCAACGAGCCCUCCUACUCCAUCACUUCGUCUUUUACAUCCGCAAUCCUUAAAUCGACAAACACCUAUCGACACCAAUACAACGCCUCUUCGCUCUCUUGGAACACCACGCUUGAGAAGUUUGCCACGUCAUACCUCCAAUCAGACACAACUUGUCGCUUCGCUCAUUCAGGUGGCCCUUACGGAGAGAAUUUAGCUAUAGGGUACCCCAACGCUACGGCGUCGGUGGAAGCGUGGGGAAACGAGGAAGCCAAGUAUAACUUCAACGACCCUGGGUUUUCGGAGGAGACGGGGCAUUUUACACAGCUAGUUUGGAAGACUACAACGACUGUGGGAUGUGGGAGGAAACUGUGCGGGACUAGGGGUUGGUUCGUGGUUUGCGAGUAUUGGCCGAGGGGAAACGUAGGAGGAGAGUAUGCAAAAGAGGUUGAUAGGAGCAUAGAUGGAGGAGGAGGGACAAAAUUGAGCGGCCCUGUAGUUGCGGCUGUGGCCGUCGUGGUGAGCCUGGCUCAGUGCUGUGUGAUAAUAGUGGUGUUUUGGUGGUUUGGAACUGUCAAGUCGUGA